CGACACGUAUCCACCCUCCAUUGCAUACGUACCUUAUAAAUAUGUUCAAACAUUUCCAUCCCCACCAGAAACUCAGCUCUCUCUCUGUCUCUGCGCACUGAUCACAAACGAUUAAACCAAACCCUAGAUCGCUAGUCGGAUCUCGUUACUACAUCUCUCAAGUUGAACAGAUGGUGUCAGACGCCAGCAAGAAGAAGGCCGCCCAGAAGAAGGCGGCGGCGGCGGCGAAGAGAGGUGGGAAGGCUGCCACUGCUGUGGCAUCAUCGAAGGCGGCGGCGGCUAGUAACUUGGCCAGUGGUUUGCAGGCAAUUCAGAUAUCGGAUCGGACUUGUACAGGGGUGCUCUGUUCUCAUCCUCUGUCCAGAGAUAUUCGGAUAGAGUCUCUAUCGCUAACUUUCCAUGGACACGACCUUAUAGUUGAUUCUGAACUGGAACUCAAUUAUGGCAGACGUUAUGGUUUGCUUGGAUUGAAUGGCUGUGGGAAAUCUACGCUCCUUGCUGCAAUAGGAUGCCGAGAGCUUCCCAUUCCCGAACACAUGGAUAUUUUUCACCUUACCAGAGAAAUUGAAGCUUCUGACAUGUCUGCACUUCAGGCUGUCAUAAAUUGUGAUGAGGAGAGGGUGAAGUUGGAGAAAGAAGCUGAAGCUUUGAUUGGGCAGGAGGAUGGUGGUGGAGAAACUCUUAACCGCAUUUAUGAACGUUUGGAAGCUAUUGACGCCUCAACUGCAGAGAAACGUGCUGCAGAGAUCUUGUAUGGUCUUGGUUUCAGCAAGAAGAUGCAAGAGAAGAGAACGCGUGAUUUCUCUGGUGGCUGGAGAAUGAGAAUUGCUUUAGCACGAGCUCUAUUUAUGAAUCCAACUAUCUUGUUGCUCGAUGAACCCACCAAUCACCUUGAUCUUGAAGCUUGUGUAUGGUUGGAGGAAACUCUGAAGAAAUUUGACCGCAUUUUGGUUGUGGUUUCUCACUCUCAGGACUUCUUGAAUGGUGUUUGCACUAACAUCAUCCACAUGCAGAAUAAGAAAUUGAAGCCUUACACAGGAAACUAUGAUCAGUAUGUUCAAACUCGCUCUGAGCUGGAAGAAAACAAAAUGAAACAAUACAAGUGGGAGCAGGAACAGAUUGCUUCAAUGAAGGAAUAUAUUGCCCGAUUUGGACAUGGAUCAGCAAAAUUAGCCCGUCAGGCCCAGAGCAAAGAGAAAACACUAGCAAAAAUGGAACGAGGUGGGCUGACAGAGAAGGUGGUGAGAGACAGGGUUCUGGUUUUUCGAUUUCCUGAUGUAGGAAAUCUUCCCCCGCCUGUAUUACAGUUUGUGGAAGUCACAUUUGGUUACACACCUGAAAACCUGAUCUACAAGAAUCUCGACUUUGGGGUAGAUUUGGACUCAAGAGUAGCUCUUGUGGGACCAAAUGGUGCUGGGAAGAGUACAUUGCUGAAGCUGAUGACAGGUGAGUUGAUUCCCCUUGAUGGCAUGGUCCGGCGGCACAACCAUCUAAGGAUUGCUCAGUUCCAUCAACAUUUGACGGAGAAACUUGACCUGGAAAUGUCUGCUCUGCAGUAUAUGAUAAAAGAGUACCCAGGAAAUGAGGAAGACCGCAUGAGAGCAGCAAUAGGGAGGUUUGGGCUCUCGGGCAAAGCCCAGGUGAUGCCCAUGAAAAAUUUGUCUGAUGGGCAGCGAAGCCGUGUGAUUUUUGCAUGGUUGGCAUGGAGACAGCCCCAUAUGCUGUUGCUGGAUGAACCCACGAAUCACUUGGAUAUUGAAACCAUCGACUCUCUGGCUGAGGCAUUGAACGAAUGGGACGGUGGUAUGGUUCUUGUAAGCCAUGACUUCAGGCUCAUUAACCAGGUAGCUCAUGAGAUAUGGGUUUGUCAAAAUCAAACUGUGACCCGGUGGGAGGGUGAUAUUAUGGGAUUCAAGGAGCACUUGAGGAGCAAAGCCGGGCAAUCUGAUUGAAGCUGCUGUUUUUACCAUGCUUCUUCAUGCAUUGUAGCUUAUAGCUCUGUCCUAUCUUUCGUGAGUUUCCACCAGUCUUCUUAGCUUUUUUAUAAUAUAUUAUAUAUAUUAUAUAUAUAGCCCUAUGCACUGCACCAGACAGGACUGGUAAUAGUAAUACUUUAAAAGUGCUCUCCAGGUGCACUAUGUUAUGCCGGUCCCAAAGUAACUAUUGGAUUUGGAGUGGUUACUUGUUGAAGCUCCGCGGGUUUUCUAUCAUCUUGGAAUUUCCCAUCUAUCGUUUUAAUACACUAGUAGUAUUCGUUUGUUCAUGGUUGUGAACUUAAAUUAAUCAUCAUGAGAAGCCUGUACGAACCUUCUGUUGUCUGUAAAAUAUUAAUUAAUUAAUCUAGAAAUUUUAACUUGCUCGA